GGCAUGCUGGAGGAGCUGGCGACGGGGGGAGCAGAGGGGCUCCUCCUCAUUCAGGACUCAGUCAGCUGCGAAGGCCGGACUUUGCUCAAGAGCUUUGUGGCUGCCUCAACGCAAAGGGGGGAAUCUGUUCAUGUUCUCGGCUUUGACCUCCCGGAGGAAGAAUUCAAGGCAGGAUUCUCCACCACAGUGACCUCCCAGCUGUUGUACUACGAUGGGUUUCGGGAUCCCCUUGGCUGGACCGGGCAGGGCUGCGGCUUGACCCUGGACGACUUUGCAAGCUCAGUGCUGGUGGCACGGCUGACCGCCGCGACUCAGGGAUCCUCCACGGUGGUGCUGGACUCGCUCAGCUGGCUGCUCCUUCGCUUGCCGUUUCCUCACGUCUGCCAGGUUCUCGCGCAGCUGCCCAGGAGGGCAGAGGUUGCUGGUCUGAAAAUCCGUUGGAUUGUGGCCCUCCUCCAUGGGGACCUGCACCAGCCUGGCCAGCUAGAAGCCCUCCAUGCCUUGGCCCAUGUCGUGGUGAAAGUGGGGCCAGUACCGGAGUCCAUGCCAGGAGGGGACGGAGCUGCCCACAUAGCAGUUACGCUGCACAGAAAACGGGGAGGCAAAGUGCUGCAGAAAAAAGAAUACUUCACGGUGCUCCCAAAUUUGGUCCUCAAAUGCCUCGGGGAGGUGCCAGAGGACGGUGUUGCUAGAGAGGAGGAUGCCCAAGUCCCGGCGACGGUGGAUCCAGCUGCCAACUUGACCUUUAACCUGCGUUUGUCAGAGGCUGAGCGCCGGGCAAAGGAGGCGGUACCUCUCCCAUAUCAGUUCAGCGAGGAGAAGAAAUCGUCUCUGCUACAGACGACAACUAGCCUGGGAAAGAUCUACUAUGAGCCAGAUGCUGCUGAUGACAUUGAUGAAGAAGAUCCCGACGAUGACCUGGACGUCUGAGAGUGUUCAGCCGGGCUGAGGGGGG